GGUGGCGGCCGAGGCCAUCGCCUGCCCGCCGGGGUUUUUUUCUUUUCUUUUUUUUUUUUUUUUUUUUUUUUUUUUUUAUUCUUCUUCCCCCCCCCCCCCUCCUUUCCUGCCGGCCCGUCGUUCGCCAGCAGCCCGUUAAAAAAGAGGAGGCAAGAUGGCUGAGCUGGGCAGCAAGGGGGUCACCGCCGGGAAAAUCGCGAGUAACGUCCAGAAGAAGCUGACCCGGGCUCAGGAGAAGGUCCUUCAGAAACUUGGGAAAGCAGAUGAGACAAAAGAUGAGCAGUUCGAGCAGUGCGUGCAGAACUUCAACAAACAGCUGUCUGAAGGCACAAGGCUGCAGAAGGACCUCCGAACUUACUUGGCUUCUGUAAAAGCCAUGCAUGAGGCCUCCAAGAAGCUGACGGAGUGUUUGCAGGAGGUUUAUGAGCCCGAUUGGCCUGGGCGAGAUGACACAAAUAAAAUAGCAGAGAACAAUGAUCUCCUCUGGACGGAUUUUCAUCAGAAGCUGGUGGAUCAGGCACUUCUGACCAUGGAUACGUAUCUUGGCCAAUUUCCAGAUAUUAAAUCUCGUAUAGCAAAGCGGGGAAGGAAGCUUGUGGAUUACGACAGUGCCAGACACCAUUUUGAAGCCCUGCAAACUGCAAAGAAGAAGGAUGACACCAAAAUUGCAAAGCCUGUUUCGCUGCUUGAGAAAGCCGCGCCCCAGUGGUGUCAAGGGAAGCUCCAAGCUCACCUCGUUGCACAAACUAAUCUGCUCCGAAAUCAGGCUGAAGAAGAACUAGUAAAGGCUCAGAAGGUGUUUGAAGAGAUGAACGUUGAUUUGCAGGAGGAGUUGCCUUCACUAUGGAAUAGUCGUGUUGGUUUCUAUGUCAACACAUUCCAGAGUAUAGCAGGCCUGGAGGAGAACUUCCAUAAAGAAAUGAGCAAGUUGAACCAAAAUCUCCAUGAUGUCCUGCUGGGUCUAGACAAGCAGUACUCAGGCAAUGCCUUCCCUGUUAAAGCACAGCCCAGUGACAGCACUGCAGUGAAAGCAAAUAAAAGCCCCUCGCCUCCACCAGAUGGAUCAGCCAUCACCAGCCCUGAUGCCAAGACUGUCAACCAUGAGGUGGAACCAUCUACUUUGGAAGCACCUGGGGCAAGCAUCCCAAAGUCACCAUCACAGUUGAGGAAAGGGCCUCCGGUGCCUCCGCCUCCAAAAGUCACCCCCUCCAAGGAGAUCAAGCAAGAGAACAUCAUCAGUCUGUUUGAUGACAAUUUUGUCCCCGAGAUAAGUGUGACAACCCCUUCGCAGUUUGAUGCCCCUGGGCCCUUCCAGGAGGGAGCCAGCCUGUUGGAUCUGGAUUUUGAUCCCAUUAAACCAGAUGCCACUGUGGGGAAGACCCCCACACCUGCCUCCCAGUCUUUACCUUGGGAUUUAUGGGAGCCCGCAGAAGCAGCCCAUGCAGGAGCUGAAGCAGCUGGAUCAGAAGCAGCAGCUGAAGCAUCUAAAACUGACGCCGAUUCAGGAUCUAGCUCUCUGCCUGCUGUUGUUGUGGAAACUUUCCCUGCUACUGUCAAUGGCACUGUGGAAGGAGGUGCUUCAUCUGAGAGAGCUGACAUGCCCCCAGGAUUUCUGUUCAAGGUCCAGGCCAUGCAUGAUUACACAGCCACUGACAGUGAUGAGCUGCAGCUGAAGGCUGGAGAUGUGGUGCUUGUGAUUCCAUUUGAGAACCCUGAGGAACAGGAUGAAGGAUGGCUGAUGGGAGUGAAGGAAUCUGACUGGAUCCAGCAUAAGGAACUCGAACAAUGCCGAGGGGUUUUCCCAGAGAAUUUCACAGAGCGGGUGCAGUGAAAGCCAAGCCCACCAGAUGCAUUUCUGCUGGAAGAAAGCGAGUUUUCUGGUAGAUAAUUGAAAAAACAACAGUGAAAUGAAAAGGAGACAAUUUUAAAGGAACAGAAGCCUGAAAAAACAUCAACUUAAAGGGUGUGGUGUUCUCAAAGGGCAAGGUUUCAGAAGCAAAUUGAAAUUCAAAAUGUUAUCAAAAUAUAUACAUAUUAAUAGUAAUAAGGCAAGUCAAAUACCCUCUUCCCCUUUGGUUUUAAGAGAAUUUGGAUUCAGAGGACUGAUGCAGAAGUGACUCAGUGUGGUUCUCAAAAUACUGCGUUGACUGAAUUGGUAGGAUGUCAGUCUGAUCCCUGGAAAGGCAGUAUUUGUCUAAUGGCUUGAGAUUAGAAGCUGUGUUUGCUCUUGGGUGGGUUCAUCUGUUUUGUCUUGAAGGUGGCUUGCAUGGCAACCGUAAAAAUUAAGCCUUCCCUACAUGUUCAACCUACAGUAGGCCAAACUUUCUGUUAUGCUGUUUAAAAAAAAUAUUUAGUGUAUAGUGUUCACCAAUACAAUGUAUAUGUGUGUGUGUAUUUUAUUUUCUUCCUUUAAAACAACAUUACACAAACUGUGAUUUUUGUACCUGUAAAGAUAGAAGAAACAAUAUGGAAACAAGGGCAUGGAAAAUGUUAUGUGUGAAGCUGUGCUCAGUCUAAAGUUCUUUCAAAUGCAGACAUUAAAUUCUCGCAGUAGUAUUGGCCUGUGAAAUGCUAAGGGGAAGGAACAAAUUCAAGAGAGAAACAAGACAAAAUAAGCAGAUGCUAUUUAGAUGGCUUUGAAAUUUAGCAGAGGGAAUCCUCUGCCCCCCAAACUCUGUAGGUGGUUUCAGAAAAGCUUAGAUUCAUGUAGAUGGAGGAUAGCUUUAAAACUGGAUGGUUAGAAAAUUUGCUUUUAAAGAAUGAGAUAAGGGAAGAAUUUUUUUUUUCUGAAAGAAUGUCUAAGGAAAAAGCACUGAGGAAAAACCACUUUGCUUUUCUGUGUUUUUAAUUGGCAUUGUUAUUUGUGGAAUUUUAUUUCUUAUUUUCCUUUGAAGAGUUCUGUAAGUGAAAUAUUGUUAGAUCCACUUGCUCCAGUUCUGUGCUGGUGAUCAAGUUAACCUCUACAAAAACUGGACUCUUGAAAUACUUGUUUAAAAUGGCUGCAUGACUUCAUGGUAUUUUAAUGCAUUAGAAAGGAAGGCGAGAAUAUCAAAGUGUCAGUUUUUAAGAAGGCAUUCUGCUCUCUAAUACUGAUGCUGAGACCUUUCCUAUACCUUUCCUUUGCUCUUGUUUGUUUUUGAGUUUUGUUUUUGAGUUUAAACAAGCAGAUGACAGGGCUGUUUCAAAGUGCAUAUUACACUUGUUAAAAUACUCUGGUCUGACCCUCCAAGGCUCUAAAGUCUCACGAAGGUACUUUAAACUUUACUUGAAUACUGAUGCAGCUGGCAAGCAGGUUGUGUAUUACCAUUUUUUAUAGCUUCCCUCACACCUUCCCUCAUGAUCUUUUUGCCUUGAAGGGAUUUUUAACAGUGAGGUCACCUCCUGCUGUAAAGGGACAGGAUCACUCUCUGAAAUAAUCUUCCUAACUGUUUGGAGCUGGCUUUUGUCGAAGAUGCACAGAAUGCUGACACACAGUACUGAAAAUCCCACCUUUUCCAAUCUGUUUUGAUUUUCUGUAGGACAACAUAAAAGACACUGUAGGGCAGAAGUAUAUAUAUAUAUAUAUAUACAUAUAUAUAUAUAUGUAUAUAUAUAUUUUUUUUUUUUUUGUGGGUGGGGAGGGCAAAUUUUAGUUCAGAGGGACAGAUCAAAUUUUGAAUAGAAAAUGCAUUCUUGUAAAUGCAAGAAUUGCUGGAGUUUCUCCUGCUUUCAUCUUGGUGGGAAAUGAUCUGUGCUAGUUAUCUACGGUAAUGGAACAGUCAUCAAAAUCUGUCCUAUAUACCAAGUCCCUUCUCUUUUUGCUUUAAUCAAUAUACAGGAGUUUAUAUUUUACAUCACUGUUACAAAAUUCCAAUAGUAUUUAUGAGUAACUGUUCACCAUACAGAAGGACUGGAUGCUGCAGGUUAUAGUCUGGUGAGCUGUUGCUUUAGAAUACUGCCCUGUUUGAUUUUUUGUUUUUCUUUUUCACUGGAGUGGCCUUUAUUAUUACUCCUAUUUUCCAAAAUAUCUAUUUUUAUGCAUUUGUGACGUCACUACUCCUUUGAAGAGUAUUCAUAGACAAAAAUAUACAUUUAAAUAUACGUAGAAAUAUAUAUUUAAGAAAGCAGGUUUAUCCAAUUAACAUAAUGCUGUCAGCUUAAAAUGAUUAUUUUUAUGCAAAACCUGUGGGUUACUGUUUGGUUUUUGUUUGUUUUUUUUUUUUUUAAUGACAAGAUUCUAAGUACCAGAGCUGUGAUUUUUUUGUCUUGCAAGUAUUUGUUCUAGAGCAUUUAAAAAGCUGUGCUGAUAUCUAAUUUAUUGUGGGUAUUUUUUUGCUGUUAUUGUUGUUGUCUUCUGCUGUGUUUGAACCAGGUGACUGUCCCAGCAAAGAUCCUUGUAAGGCCUUUUCAUUUUACUGAGCUUGCAAAGCAACUAUCCAGUACUGUAUUGUCCCUGCAGAAGUGGUAACACACUGCAAAAAAGGGAUUGUUUUCAGGUCACAUGAAUGAUAUUGCUGGUGGGGAGGAUAUUGUAUCUUUCUCCAUUUACUUCCCCAACCCAAAAAUCCCAAUCCCCAAAACCCCUUGCUUAGAGCAGAUAGGAUGGGUUUCCUGGAUCUUGCAUUGCUCUCAAAGCAGUGGUGUCAGCACAUCUUAGACUCUGAAAAUGCAGGAUCAGACCCACAGUUUAUAAAUUGCCUUAUAUGAGAGUAGGGUGGCGUAGCAGGAAGCUUGUAAAUGGCAGUGUUUUUUGGAGUCAGGAGAUCUCUUAUCUCCUGUGUCAUGUUCAGCCCAUUGUAAACAGCCACAACUCCUCCUGUUUUCAGUAUUUUUACAUCUGCUAAAUAACUUGAUUCUGGUUGGUAUUACCUGGUUAAAUUAAUUUCUGUUUUCUUUGGCUUAGGAUUGAUUCAAGUAGAAAGAGGGACAAUAAACUCCCAAGUAGGCUGUGCCCACAGUGGUUUUUCAGUUUGCAGGCUGAACUGAAAAAUCUGAGGAAAAAAUGAUCUAAGGGUGACCUGAAGUUGUAAGGGUGACCUGAGACUUUUUGUUUUGUUUUGUUUUUUUAAUUUUCUCAGUGGAAUAACAAAGGGAAAAACUAAACAUUAAAAGAAAUAUAUCUUUUAAAACCAAACCAAAACAUUCAUUUGUAGGGUUGCUUUUUCACUUAAAAAAAAAUCUUAUGACUCUAGCUAUAACAAGUUGCUUCGAAGCAAAAAUGUGAAACCUGUCUUGAAAAUGCUGGAAGAAAAUAUUUUAAUGUUAAUAGUCUUUUUGCCUUUGCCUUUUUUCCUUAAUCUGAUUUCUGAUUUCAGUUAACUCUAAACUGCAUUUUUUGGUGAAUACAUUAUCCACUGAAGAGAACCCAGAGAAGCCUAUUGCCCAGUUCUGCUCCACUGACAGGUGCACUGGAUACAUUUCAGGGAUUGCCUGGUAUCUGGCCCAGCAAAACUGCUGUUUUCCCAUCUAAUAAUCUUCCACUUGAUUGUUUUUACUGGGUGAACAAUAAAAGCAUCUCUCAUCCUGUGCCAUUGAGUGGUUUUGUAGCCUGGCUUAGAAAGACAUUCUUGCUCUCUUGCUCUCAGCUUGGUCACAGAUUUAUGACUAUAGCUUUAUGAUGCUACUCUAAUUUGAGCCUAAUCCCAUUGUGCAGUGGGAAUUACCAUUUGCCCAACCGAUAGGAAGAAAAAGGCAUUACUCUUUCUCCCAUUUUCUAUCUUAGCAAUGUCAGUAAUACAUCUUUAUUAGGUAGAAAUAAGGAAAGGUCCCAGGGUAAAGAUAAAUGAGUUGUUCUAGGCAAGACUCCUGCAUACUUCAUACUACUUUCCAUGGGCAUUCCUCACCUGCCUGCUUUCACCACCUUUGCGCUUCUUGGCAGAAGGUGAUGCAAUAAAAGGGACUGUGCAGGCUUCAUUCCAGCUGCUCAGAACUAGCCCUGCUUUGUGAUCUGUUUGCCACAAUCCUUGAAGACUUUUUCACAGCUGCAGAGCCCACUCCCAUCCCACUAUCCAAAGACCAUGGCCACGGCAGACACCCCCAAGUUACAGAAUUCUUUCUUUUAUGACCUGGAGCAGGUGUGAGGACUCCAUAUGUUGCCUGGGAUUGGGAUGACAGCUUGCUUAAAUUUUGCAACAGCUGCUUGAAGGGAAAAAGCCCAAAGCAAAGGAGGUGCUGGUGAAGGAUGAAGGGAUGAUAUGUUAUCUUUUUAAUUUGGGGUUAAAGUGCUUGACUGUCUCACCCCUUGGUUCCAGGAAGAUCCAGAACCUCUUUAUUUAGGGCUGAGAACAAAAGGUGCUGUCAAGAUGUGCAUAUGGUAGCAGGUGCUACCAAAGGGAAACUAUUCCUUGCCACACAGGUGCCAUCACACCUGGCACUGGUGCAGACGCCUCUCUGAUUGUAUGCUCCAAUUUAGACAUUUCUGAGUGUCAAACUUUGGACAGAAAGGAGUCCUCUGUGGUGCCCAGAGCUGGACUUGCCACCAGCCCUUGUGAAGCUUGGGUUCUGUAGCUAAUGUACGGGGGUGAAUUAGAAGGCCAUUUCAGAAAUCUUGUUAAUGAAAUUAAAAGGAAAAGCUACAGCUGUAAAAAGUGAUCUGUAUGAACUUGUGCUUUGAGGUGUCUAAUGGCUAUAAUUCCUUCACCUGUUUUUACAGGUUAUUCUGCUAAUCCUGUACCUAGUCUGCAUUUCAUAUAGACGGUUCCUACUUGAAACUUGCCAGCUGCAGUCCUGGGCAUAUUGCUUCUCUUUAAAUCAAAUGGCAACAACUUUAGCAAUGUAUAGGCAAUCUCUUUUCCUUCUGUUAAUUCAGUCUCUGAGUUUAACCACAAAGAUCUAGGAAAUGCUUGGGGUUUGAGUGUUUUUUAAAUGGUUUCAUUUUUUUGUUUUGUUUAAAGAAAGCUGAACAUUUCCUAUUGUAUUCAGAUGAGCUGUGAUGCCCAGUUCCAGUGACAAGUACUAGAUGGAUUUGUCCCAUUUUGUUUCUUGGCGAUGUUCAGAAAUAUAAUUUGUGUCAUCCUAA